CAGAGGAAGGUGCUGAUUGGUUGCUAGCUGCAGGAGGGCCAUUCAAGGCAACGAACUUAGAGAGGGGAUCGCUGAAGGUGUACUGAGAUCUGGAGCUAAGUGGUCUUGGAGGAACCUAAAGUGAGCAUUGGUGACCAUAGAUCAGGUUAUUGGACAAGUGUCGAGUAUAAGAGGGAGACGGGCGUUACGGACAGGAGAGAGUCAGACAAACAGCACUGAUUUCCUCUUACCACCCAUCCGUAUGCAGAAGAUUCUUGUUUUCCCAAUGAUAAACAACUGGAAGUGGAAAGGUGUUGCAUACUAUUAAAAAGGGGUAAUGGGAGAUCUGAAGAGUGAGACCAGGUUACACGUAACACCAGACACACCUGGGCGACCUCCUGUCUCAAACCCUUUUGAGAGCCCCAGUGAUUAUGCAAGUUUGCAUGAGCCAGUGGUUCCCAGUCCUUCUGUCUUCAGAUUGGUGAAAACACCUGACUCACAGACACCUGGAAAAUUCAGAUGGUCCAUUGGAGAGCUAGCCGUCUUGCAUCCAAUUGAAAUUGACCCAGAAGAUGUUCACCAGCAGUCUGCAUACAUGAGCUGCACCAGAUUAGAUAAUGAUAUUGAGGCAAGGAAACAAAAAGCCAUUGAAGAAUUUUUCCUGAAUAGUGUCAUUGUCCCUUCUCCUUGGACUCAAGCUGAGGGGAAACCAAUUGCACAGUCCCAUCGAGCCAAGUGUUCAUCCUGGGAUAGGGAUUCUUCAGUUAUAUCAAAAGAAUCUGUUGUAUUGCCUGGGAUGCAUAAUGCAGCUUGUCAGACCUUGUUGUCAUUACCCGUGGACUUUGAUUUGGAAAAAAUAAUAGGUGAACAUUAUAAAUUGGAAGACCCUGCUGACCAGUCCCAUGAAAGUUUAAGUGCGUCUUCACUUCGAAGGAAACUAUUUAUCGAUGGUGAAAGAAGCUACUCUGAUAGCUCCUCCCUCCCUUCUCCAGAGCAAGAUCCGUGUGCUGACCCUAUUCAAUUGCACGGAAAUCUAAGCUCAUUGGAAUCUCCUCCAUUUCGAUGCAAGAGCCCCACAAAAACUCCCAGUUCUGGACAAUUUUCAUCAAGUCCCAUCCAAGAUGCUGGAAGGGCAUGCAGUUUAGGGAGCCUAACAAGCCCCAUGUUUCCAGAGAAGUCUUCUCCAAAUCCUGCAUCACCACCUUUGUCUCCGAUUGGACUUCACUUUGACAAAAUGCCAGAUUCAGAAGAAAGGGACUUUACUUUCAUGUCUCCUGUUGCUCCUUCUGCAGCAAUUUUAGAUGGGAAUUGUGACCACUGUACAGAAUCUCCUUUUAUAGAAGGAUGUUCGCCAAUUAAAAUAUGCCCUCCUACGAAUCCCAGACUUCACAGUGUUCUUUGUCACACUUCUCCUCAAAAGUUAACUCUUCAGCAUGAACACAAAAAUGAGGAGAGUCCCCAUUCUCCAGCUCAAGCUAACUUCUGCCCUGAAAUGGAUGCAAAAGUGCUCUCUCUAUAUCUGGGAACAGAAAGUGAAACAAAUUGCAUUCCAUAUCUCAAUCUCUCAGAAGUCAAUGAAAAUAUGCUUCAAGAUGGGAAUGAGGAUCAUACUGUUGAUAUGGCUGACUUAGGAACAACUGAAGGGAAUGAUAGCACGUGGGCGAAGGAAACAGAAAGCAAUAUUAGUAUUCCAAUGACUAGCUCGAUGACUGGAAUUGUAUUUAAUGUGGAUAGCCCUCACAUGUAUAUGCCACCUCUUGCAGAAAGCAGUGCUAUUCCUUCUGAGAGCAUUAGUAUGCAGGCUGAUAGUGGUUAUAAUACACAAACCGCUUCUGCGAGUAGCAUAAUGGAUGCUAUUGGAACAGAUAGCCAGCUUGGUAGAGAGCAUUUGGAACUGCAGACUCUAGUUGGAACUUUACCUUCAAAUAAGCUUAAUCUAAAAUCUAAGGAUUUCCUUUGUUCGGAGUGUAAAGAGAACAAAGAAGUAUUGGGAAUGAACUUGACUUCUCAUUUAAAUAAGCCUUUUCAUAUCAGUAGGCUGCGUUCAACACAUGAUGUGCUAAGCCAGAACAUCUGCUAUCUGAAUGCUUGGAAAAGUCCCUGUGAACAAACAUUGAAUAGAAUAUUUAAAAAGAAUGUAAAAUAUUCCUUAUCUCGGCAAUGUGAUGAGAAGUCACCUUGUUUUAUAAAACAACCUCUUGAAAUGACCGUGGAGGAACCUGAGCCCACUGAUGACAACUCUAUGUCUUUGUUUUAACUGCGUUAUGGUUGCAAAAUCCAGUCUUACAAGGCUAGAAUCUUUGUUGACUAUGAAUGGAUUUAAAAUUUAUCUGUAAAUGCCACAAUUGGCUUGGGUGAUUAGUAACCUGAAAAUGCCUGAAAAGCAACUUGGAUGAACGGCAAAAAAUCUUGAUCAGCACUUCUAAAAAUGUUAAUUGCAUGUAGUUAAAGAGAAGCUAUUUAUAAAGUACCUGAAUUUACUGAUCUGUUACCCAUAAAAUCAUGCACUUCAAGCAGAAGCUUUAGUCUAUGCAUUGUUUUUUCAUUCAAAUGUAUGCAUAAGCAAAUAUCUCCACUAAUCAGACUUGUUUGUCAACAUUGUUCUUAUGGCCUGGCAUGUAUUGUCAUUUUUUUUAAUUACGUAAAAAAAUAGAUGGAAUUCAUUAAGAACCCUUUAAAGAAAAUUUAAAAUCAGUGGCAGCUUACCAUCUUUUCAAUGACUUGCCACUUGACUGUGUCUGGAAACAUCUAAAUCAGGAUCUUGGCACACCCAAGAAUUGUCAAAUGAUCUUGGAUGCACAGAAAGGCUGGUACAAUCAAGUUUAAAUUUGAAAUGAAAAAUAUACUCAUAAGAUAUUGUUUAAAAAUUUUGAUUUUGAUUUCGGUAGUUAAAAUAUUUUAAAUAGCAAAAAAAACCUAAUGUUUACAUUUUAGACCUAAACAUUUACUUACAAUAGUAGCAAUAUUUUAUAUUCAAAUGGAACGACGUGUGCCUUUUUAAAAUCGAUAUUUAAUAAAAAAGUUUCUAAAUCCUG